GCUAUAUCCGCUUUGCAUUUGCUCAGUGUAAAAUAAAAUAUUUAAAAGCAGAAACUUCCUUAUUCAUUUGUAUCCAUAAUGACACUGUAAAGCUGGAUUUGUUCUUGAAUAUAGGAUGCAACAAUGACAGUGUACCGUGAAAUAUUGUUUUUUCUGGUUAACCUUUUCUUCUUGUAUAUGCCAGUCGCUGAGCGCUGUAUAUACUCUUCGAGUUACGAGGUCAAUAUCUGCAGCGCCGGCAGUGCAUCGGGAAAAAGAGUCGGAAUACGCAACUCUGAUGUACCAAAUGAUGAAAUAGUUAAUUGUUCGUGUGAUAUCCAAUCACAGGGCCAAGUAAACAUAGUAGCGUUAUUCGAAGGACCCGGGUUUGAUAACUGUGGAACGCGACUUAAUCUACAAAAUGUUGUUUUUACCUGCCAUCAUGGUUCUACAACAAUUGUGUCAACUACGUCAAGACUUAACUUCGACAAAACCUACUCCGAUAAUGACAAGUGGUGCAUGUUCUUUGAUGCAGGUGGACAUAACAUUACUAUCACGUGCUAUGGCAUUGGCGACCAACUAACGGAAAUUACAACUACCAGGUAUCUUGCCACUUCGACGACGUCGGUUUUAACAACACUAGAGACAACAUCCUCUUCAUCAUCUCAAAAACCGUACAAUUUAACAACUAUUAUCAACAGCAAUAUCAGAACUUCCAUCACAAACAUCCACAAUACAUGAUAGAACAUCACAAACGCAUGCCAUCACAACAAUGUCUUCCCUUAUCUCAUCUUCUACAAUAAAAGAAACAGCCUCAGACAGUACGACUGGAACUAUUCCAAGAGUCACGACUGCAUACACACAGCCAGUAUCACACGGUGCUUCAGUUGAUGUUUCAACUUCUUUGAUCACGACAGAUCUUUCUUCUGUUAGUCAUCAUGUUGACACAACUCUUACAAGCACUGCCUUUACCAGCGCACAAAGGACAGCAGCAAGACUUCCAGAGCUACCAAUUAUAUUGAUCAGCACCGUUUCUUGUAUCUUGCUUAUUGCCACUGUGACUGCCAUCAUCGUCCAUGUAGUAAGGAAAAGAGGACCGAACUUUGAUCAAAAGGAUACAGAGGAUGCGAUCAACGACCCGACGUCUGGCUCAGUUAUUAACGCCUAUAACCCCAGACACUCCUCUGCUAUUACAAAUCCUAUGGACUCUAACCUUGAUGUUGCUCGAAACAACAACGGUCUUUCGUCAUUUCAUGUGGAAAGUUCACCAACCUACGCAUCUAUAAAUAAGCACCCAGGUCCUAAUUAUGAAAAUAAUACAUUUCCAGCUGAAAGAUCAAUCGUUCGUUCACCAGGGAUUCAAUUUAAAUCACCAGUACCAGAAACUGUGGACGAGACGCAAGAAUCAGGGACCAGCGACCUUUACGCAGUUGUAAAUAAACAAAGAUCAAACCAAGAUAACACAGACAUGCAUACUGCAAACUCUCAAGUCGGACCAAUGAAAGGAAUUCUGAAGAUUCAAACUCGUCACAAAAGUGACAAUGUGAAUAGGUUUGACAAAGCCGAAGAAAAUGAAGCGGUUAAAUUCAAUAACGAUCACAUGCCUGAUUUGGAGCAAUACCCCGUCGAUCAGGAGUACACAACUGACAGUGAUGAGGAUAUGAACACGAUAAAUCCCAUCUAUAAUCCGGGCACAUCGGAAAUGACAACCGCAUUGUAAAUGGGGGACUGAAACAUAUUAAAAAAUGCAUGUACAUAGGCAUAUACAUAUUAACAUGUAAAUAGCGCUUUCUAAAAAUGUUUUGCUUGUAUAAAUGAAAUAUAUUUCAAUUAGAGUAGUUGAAUAGUGAUACUCAGAUAUGUAAAACUCUAUUCCAUUUUCUAGCUCUCGUAUAUGACGAGGUAGCAAAAGAAAAGUUUGUUGUUUGUGCUUGCUUUUCUGAAUGUCAUAAACAUAACGAAUAACAUGGCAAACAUUGGCACGGACAUAAACCGUGACAUUGGUAAAGAAUUUAAGUAGAAAAGGUAAAACCAAUAUCCAUUAUUUUUACCUCUGUCAUUUGCGUAUUUAAAUCUUGUUUUGUACAUUUAUCCAUUCCAGAAUAAAAAUGUAGUAGUUAUACGUUUAUAUUGAUUGAAAUUGUUAUUAAAGCUGCACCAUCACAGA